AUGACUCGCUCUCUGCGUGGGUGCUCUGCUCUGCUCCUCACUGACCUUUCUGGUGUGUUGCCGCUGUUGCUGCUGUACUCUCCAAUUGUUGUAAACAGACACGUUAGGAAAGAAAGCAAACAAGCGCUAAACGCUACUGUGAAAUUUGAAGGCACUGAAAGGACCAACAGCACACACACCGCCCACACACAUAUUGAUGUGCUCUCACGUGUUGCUGCUGUGAAGGCACCCUGCACACACAACCGUCGCCGCGUGACCGGAUCCAGCGGAAGGAGGAGGGAAGGAAGAGAGAGUGAGCCGCAGAGGCCCAACAUGUCCCGGCAUGUGUUUACUUCCGCGGUGCUGGUCCUCCUCGUCGUGAUGAUGUGCUGCGGCAGUGGUGGAGCUGCACUCGCGGAGAAAGCGCCAGGUCAGGAAUCUUCACCGAGUUCAUCUUUCGGGUGGAGAGAUGCGAAAGGAGAAACAGUGAGUUCGCUCUAUGUUCCCAGUCUUGUUGAGGUGAAUGGUGAUGUGUUUGCCGUUGCCGAGGCGCAGUGCAGAAGCAAUGGUGUCAUUUUUUCUUGCAUUGCUUCACAAUUCAUGACGUUGGACGGUAAGAACCCAACAGCCCUGGAAACAACUCGGGUGAAGACAGAAGUACUGGAGGAAUGUUCUACCGCUGAAGGGGAAUGUCAGUCCCAGUCAGAGAAACGGACUGAUUCCCGAAGCCGGACAAGAGUACAUGUGAGCCGACCAACAACACUUGGGAGGGAAAAUGACAUUUACAUGCUUGCCGGAAUCUACAUAAAUGACAAUUUCCUUAGUUGUAAAGAGGGUACGUCCGACGGGGCUCCAUGGGGACUUUUGCUGGUGAAAGGGAACGUCAGUGGGGAUAAUCAAAAGGAAAAAAGGGUUUAUUGGAAUGAUACUUACGUUAUCCCGUGCAGUGUUAUUGGUGAAAAUGACGACUUCUUGACAGGACACAUUGGCGGUGGUGGAUCGGGUGUUAGGAUGGAUGACGGUACGCUUGUGUUCCCAUUGGAAGCCGAGAGGAAGAGGGAGGAGGGCGACGCAGAAAAGGAUGGAAAGAAUAAAAAUGUUUCGCUGAUUCUGUACAAGUUGGAUGAUGCGAAUUGGAAGUUGUCGAAGGGGAUGUCUGACGAUGGCUGCAGUGAUCCCUCCGUCGUUGGGUGGAAGGACAAACUUCUGAUGAUGACUGCGUGUGAUGAUGGCCGCCGCAGGGUGUACGAGUCCGGUGACAAGGGGGAUUCGUGGACGGAGGCCCUUGGGACACUCUCGCGCGUGUGGGGCAACGACCAAAAGCGACAUGAGAAGGGCAUUGGGAGCGGGUUCAUCACAGCGAAGAUUGAGAACAGGGAUGUGAUGCUCGUUACUCUGCCGGUCUACACCAAAAAAGAGAAGAAUGGAAACAACAAUGGGAAGGGCGUACUUCAUCUUUGGCUGACGGACAAUACGCACAUUGCUGAUAUUGGGCCGGUAUCCGGGGAAGCUGAGGACGUUGCCGCCAGCUCCCUGCUGUACAAAAGUGCUGGAAGUGGAGAUAAUAAUGAGGAGAAUAAGGAGGGGUUGAUUGCACUGUACGAGAAGCGCGGUGGGGGACAAUCACCCGGUAUGGUCUCUGUGCGUCUGACUGAGCAGCUGAAGCGGGUGAAGGAGGUGCUGGCGACCUGGAAGAAAGUGGACGACCGUGUCUCCAAGCUGUGCCUCACUUCACGUGCUGCGGUGAGUGCCCUAACUGAGAAUGCCUGCACUACUGAUAAGAUCACGGAUGGGCUGGUUGGCUUUUUGUCCGGCAACUUUUUUUGGAAUACAUGGAUGGACGAGUACCUCGGGGUGAAUGCCACAGUAAAGGAAGGAACGGAAAAAAAAGUGACCAGCACGGAGAAGGGCGUGACUUUCCGGGGAGCGUGGGUGGAGUGGCCUGUUGGCAGUCAGGGGCAGACCGUGCCGUACUACUUUGCGAACUACAACUUCACUCUGGUGGCGACGGUGUCCAUCCACAAUCUGCCGAGGGGAGAUAACCCCAUUCCAUUGAUGGGUGUGCGUCUGGACGGUGGAAAAAAACUUGUGGAGUUGUCGUACGACAGCCAAAAUAAGUGGUGGGUGCUGUGCAGUGACGGAACGACCAAGAGGCUCAGCAGCACUUGGGCGACAGAGACACAGUACCAAGUGUCCAUUGUGCUACAGAACGGUGCCCAGGGCUCCGUGUACGUCGAUGGUCAGCGUGUGUGUGGGAGUGCGCAACGUGGAUUGGAAGCAACAGAACCGCAAGAGAUCUCCCACUUCUACAUUGGAGGGGAUGGAGGCAGCGCAGGGGGCCAAGGAGACGUCUCUGUGACUGUGAGGAACGUCCUGCUGUACAACCGCCCGUUGACUUUUUCUGGCCCCGAUGCCGAAGUGGAAAAAGAUGUUGGGUCACCAGCGGGAGCUGUUUCUCGCACCAAAACAGGGGAUGAAAUGAAAACGGAGGGGAAGCCUGCCACCACACAGCAAGUGCCGACGGCUCCGGACUCCCAUGCCGUUGGGGAAGCAGCGGGUGAUGGCGGCACUGUGCGUGGGAGCGGACUGCUGUCAUCGCUUCUUCUGCUGUUGGGACUGUGGGGGUUUGCGGCUCUGUGA